CACACGCUGUUUGUCUUUAUGAGCCAGGAAGGGGACACUGAGCUGCCCGAGUUUUAUUUACUCACCUCUUACAUUGCCAGUGUUUAGGAGUUUUCACUGUGGUUUCUGGAAGGGUUCUCAAAGAUCCACAGAGCUUUAGUGUUUGCUUUGCUUUCUCUAAGUUGGGAUGCUCACGGUCAUUGCAACAGCAGCUGGGUCCUCAGCUGAAAUGGGAGAGCUGGACGUCAGAAGGCGUUCAGCUGGUCACGUUAAAAUUUACAUUUCUCCAUCCUGUAUUUAUUUUAAACCCAGUGAGAGUGUGCAAACGCAAGCCUUGGUGGAGCCUGUCAGGUCCCAUGGCAGCACGAUGUUUGUUCAGACUGGGCAUUGUGAAGUGUAAACCCAGGUCCUACUGGCACCAGCACUCACCUCUGCCUUUUCUAGAAGCAGAUCAGUCCAUGAUGCCUGAAGUGCGAGACCUCUCCGAUGCGUUGCCUGACUUGCCGAUGGAUCCCAUCACGGGUGUUGGUGUGGUCGCAUCCCGGAACCGUGCACCGACAGGUUAUGAUGUAGUUGCACAAACAGCAGAUGGUUUGGAUGCUGACCUCUGGAAAGAUGGCUUAUUUAAAUCCAAGGUCACACGAUACCUGUGCUUCACGAGAUCAUUUUCAAAAGAAAAUAGUCAUUUAGGCAACGUCUUGGUUGAUAUGAAGCUCAUUGACAUAAAGGACACUUUACCUGUGGGCUUCAUCCCCAUCCAGGAGACCGUUGAUACACAAGAAGUAGCUUUCAGAAAGAAGAGGCUAUGCAUUAAAUUCAUCCCUCGAGAUUCUACAGAGGCAGCAAUCUGUGAUAUCCGAAUCCUGAGUAGAUCUAAGCAAGCCCCUCCUCAAUACACAUUCAUAGGGGAGUUGAACAACAUGGGCAUUUGGUACCGGAUGGGCAGAGUUCCCCGCAACCAUGAGUCUUCACAACCUGCUACUCCUUCCCAAGUACCGUCUUCAACACCAGCUCCUAACCUGCCGAGGCACAUCUCACUAACUCUUCCUGCUAGCUUUCGAGGCAAAAGUCACAGCACUCGCCUGGACUUGGAGCACCAGCACUCAAAUUUGUAUGCUAUAUCAGCAAUGGAUGGAGUACCUUUUAUGAUUUCAGAGAAGUUUGCCUGCGCUCCUGAAGGGAUGCAGCCAGUUGAUUUUUUGGGCAUCACAAUCAAAACCCUUGCAGAAAUCGAAAAGGAGUACGACUACAGCUUCAGGACGGAGCAGAGCGCAGCGGCCCGCCUGCCGCCCAGCCCCACCAGGUGCCCGCCGGUCCCGCCGUCCUGAGGGGGCUGCCGGCGCUGGAGCAGCUGUGUGCGUGCAUACUACUGAGCGGGAUGCGGCGCUAGGGGCCCUCCCAGCAGAGCUCUGCUCAUCCAGCUAUCGCCACCCACCCUGCGCUGCACCGCCUCCUCCUGCACACGUUGUUCCAUGCAUUUGGACCGUGCAACCCUUCGGCAGCUGCCCUCACCCUUCUAUGCUGCUGCGGACGAGUCUCCACGUGAGUACGUUACUCAGAGCCUGGCUGGCAGUCUCUCGGUUGCUUCUGUUUCCAUGUACCCUGCUGCAGGACAGUCACAAAAACAAUAGACUGUAACGAAGCCCUGUGAAGAGCAAGCUGUGAGCUCACAGACGAUCAGGAAUGCUCAUCAGCUAGCCCUAAGAGAGAGUAAAAGAUAACAGCCGGUUAACAGCAAACUCCAGACAUCCCGCCCAAGCUGGCUGCUUUGCUCUCAUCGCCCCAUGCACGUCGCUGGGCAGGCGGCACCGAGCCGUGGCAGACACUUCGUUGGCCUCUGCUGAGGUCCGGGCAUGCAGCAGCUCUGCCGUGGCCAGGUUCAGCCCCAGACUGUGGUCUUCGUUUUUGCUGCAGGCUCAUGGAGCCAGGGUCACUUGCUCAGACCUGCUCUGGGCCCUCUCCCCAGUUGCUGGCAAGGGGGAGGAGCACAGAGAUCACGAGCGGCACUGCGGUCUCUGAGGUGAAGCACCUUUGCUUUGCACAGGGUGUCCGUGUAUCUGGCAGGACCUUGAGUGACAGACGUCCCAUGUGUCCUUCUGGGCUGGAUGCUGACAGCAAGCCAGCAAGACCCCUGUAACGUCAUGCUGACCCCUCACUGCAGCUGCCUGCUGAGCUGUGGCCCUGCUGACAGGGCGGAUGCUGUCACCUGUCUGUUACUUUGGACAGUUUUCUCAUUUUUGCCCCGCUAGCUGCUAAAACAAAAGAGAUGUGCCUGUUCCCCUUUGCACUCAUGGAAGGAAGCACUGAAGUCUGGCGUAGCGCAGGAUGAGAGUUGAUGCAUUAAACCCUGACCUCAGCCUCCUUGUGAUCGGUGACCUAAGCUCACUCCUGAGCCAAAUGCAUGUCUUGGAGAACUCAGUUGCUGUAAUGAGUUACUCAGAAAUGCCCAUCUGACUCUCUGCUUCUUUUUCAAGUCUCUGCUGUAGAACAAAACUACAUCAUGGCAGCAAAAUGGUAAUUUUUAAGUGUUCAACUUUUUGUAUUGUAAAAUACUGAUUACCUAAACCCAUUGAAACCCAAUUGCCAUAGUAACAAAUAACAGUAUUGCCGCUCUCGGUCUGGGUCACAUGUAUGCCCUGACCUGCUUUGCACUGCUUUUGGUUGAUCUUGUAUUUUCUAGUUGGACAGAAUGGUAACUAACAGUAGGUUUUGUACUGUCGGCUUGUAUUUUUUAUUUGUACAUAUGUAAAAUAUUUCUUGUCCAAAGAUUCAUUUCUGGUUUUAAGGCACCAUACCAUAUAUCUAGGAUAAUGAGCACAAUAUAACUUAACAUUCAGGAUAGACUGACUCCAGUUAUUUGCUUCAACAACUUCUAAUCAGCUGAUAAUUUUCUAAAACUGCCUCUGUAAAGCAAGGCUGUGCGAUUUGAAAGCAUAGGCAGAUUUGGUUGCAGGUGUGUCAUAAUUUGGUCAAAAGAAUUAAAGCUAUGUACAUCAACUCUGGAGGUUUGGUUGACCCCCUGGAAGUGCUCAUUUACUUGAAGGUUGCAGCACCAUUUUUAGUUCUUAUUUAUCCUGCAGGAAAGCAAAGCCAGACCUCACUGCCAAGCUUCACAAAGGCUAGAUUGAUGAUGCCGACAUCAACAAAUGAACAUACCAUGGCAGCCUGGUCAUUCGGCUCAGGUUCACUUGAAGUUCAAAUCCACUCUGUGCUGUAGUAGUAUGCCCGUCUCAUCCAUCUUUUGUCGUUCUAUUUUUCUGCUUGUAAUUUGUUCUGUAGUUUUCUGUGGCAUCCACUUAUAGCUUCUCCUUUAGUGGACACUGCAGGUAGGUCGAAGCUGACUGCAGCAGUGCAUUCCUCAUAGCUUUGGGACGACAGAGUUGCAGACAGCUGACCUUCGCUGUUACUGAUGGUGGGUGAGCAAGGGCUGCAAGGCUAGUGCUGAGCUGCCAGUGCAGAGUCUGCAGAGCUCCAGGGGCAGUUUCUGCUGCCAGGAGAUAGGGAGACAGCUACAAGGAGCACCUCUUCCAUCUGUGUCUUCCUGUGCUGAAGGCAGGACUGACUGUGCCACAGUGAGGAGCAGCUUUGGUAGCUGCCAAGCUCAGCAUCCAGGCAAGCACUUGCUACGUAUGUCUUGGGAAAAUGGGCACAUAGCUGUGAGUCCCUUCCUGUGAGAUUUAGCUUAGAGCAUCCGGAGAUAAAACUGAUGCUUUAAUAUUUAUAGCAACAGUUGCACUUGCUCAGUCUUAGCAAUAGUAAGUUCAGCUUUCUCUUCGGUGACCUACAAGAAACACUGGAUGGCUCAAAAUGCUGCCAGGACAUCCAGCUGGGACAAGCGUCUAAGAAAUCUUCGGGAUAUAUUUGUAUAGUUGGUUCUCACUGUCUCUUCUCUUACACUGGCCUAGCAAAGCUACUUCAGGGAUGCAUCUGCAAAGAAACUUGGAAGAUAAAUUUGGUCUUUACAGUGGGGUUUUGCACUGUGGCACUUCAAAGAUAGCUGUUAGUGAAAGCAUGAGCAGUAAAACUGCAGUUCUUUCUGUAAGAGUGCAGAAGAGAUGUUUGAGUAAAGAGCUACAGCUGCUGAAAAGCAAGUUGUGCUCUCAGACAUGUUAACCAGAGGCUAGAAAACUGUGGACAUCUCCGAAGCAGAGAGGGCUCAGAGUCAAUACUCAGAAGCACAGUGAGACACACAGCACAGGGUGACUGAUUUUAUCUUUUCAGUCCACCGAUUCUAGGAAGCUUUCCUGCUGCACCUCUGAAUUCUGCAUAUCACGGGCAUCAGAUCAGCAUUUCCACAGGCAGGUUCUGUUUGCUGUUCCGUAACUUUUGUACUCUCAGUAACUCAUUGCAAGGCUGGUCCUUGCAUCCUCACAGCAAUGUGCCAGAGCCAGCACAAGCAUCCCUCUGCAUCCUCCUCCCUCCCUGUCGAAUAGGCAAGUGUGCCUCUACUGGUCCAGGCAGUAAAUAUUCAGGGAGCCUGAUAUUGAUGUUUGUCUGUGGAGAAGCCUUCUGGAGCAUAAGGGGAGGGGAUGUGUCAGUGGGAAGCAACAGAAGUGGAUUUGCAGAGCUUUACCAGAUGUGUUUGGCUACCUUCUUCAUAUUUCUAGAACAAAACUGGGCACCAGGUAGCGUAAUCUUGUGGCUGAUGCAAAGAUUAGUUUGCCAAAUCAUCCAGCAGAUCCAUAUCUCUGAAACAGAGACAGAAGAGCAGCAGUGAGGGGUUUACUUACUGCAAAAUAUACCUUCUGAUGUGAGUUAGUAGUGACGUGCUGCCUCCUGGAUUUCCCACAGCAAAGAGCGUACCAAGAUGACUCAUGGACCGUCCAGGACAGACUGCGAUGUCUCACGUGUUAAUUAUGGAAAGGCAAGAAAUUAGUGCAGAAAGUAAUGUAAAGAGUGAACUUUGUAGUAAAAUUCAAGUGUGGACUGACUUAGCAGAUGUCUUCCUGUGGGAGCAUCUUGUAGCUGUAGUGGUAUAGGAAUAAACGUUGUCAUACUUCGUUCCUUUGACUGUCACUGA